CCCCUCCCCCUCCUUUCUCUUAUUUUUUUUUUUUUUGUCAAACUUCGCUUUUCAUUUUAUUUUAGCUCAAAUCAACCUGAAACAAACACUUCUUUCUUUGACUGCUGCCUGUUUGUGUCGUACAGUACAGUGUUCCUACUAUUUGCCGGGGACGGGAGAGAAGAAAAAAAACCGUUGUAAUCAUCCUCAUCUCAUCCCUUUUUAUUCUUCAUCUUCGCUCUUUGGGAUAAUACCGGUAUUUCCUUGAUCGAAAGAGAAUCCCCUUCGAGAACACCCUAGUGGCUCUGAACCGUUUAUAGCAAAACCCCCCACGUCGACAUCUAGCUCCUCAUCAACGUUUUUUCUUCGAGGCUUGGGGGUAACGUUUUGUGUUGGAGGUUUGAUCUGAGUCUGGGGUUGGGUUAGGUUUGGGUCUUCCGCCACCUUGGGUCUACUAAUAGGGCACGGCUGCCCGAGCAACGUCUUCAUUAUUGUUCUGCUCUUAUUAAGCGGUGUGGGUUGGGGAUCUUGACACGAUGAGUUUCUUCUCCCAGUUCAGCUUGCCAGGCGUAAAACCCAUCGCUCAGGAAAAGUAUGUCGUCAAAACCGUCCGAGCUCCCAAACCACUGUCAGACCGCCCCAGCCCCGUCAGCAGUAUCACCAAGAAGAAGUCUCGGGAGGAUAGUAAAACUGGAAGAUCAACUUUGGAGGUUCCGGAUUCCCGGCCCCGAAGCAGGGCUUCGUCGGCCGUUUCUCUCAAGAGAAAACAUGUGGAUGGGGAGAAGUCGGUUAAGAGGACUUGCUCGUCGUCGGAUUUGUUGAAGCCGCCAAGUCCAGAAUCGACGGCCUCGCCGGGGGGCAGAAGAGCUGUGUCGUCAUCUAGGUCGCCGUUGUCUCAGCGCUUGGAGUCGGGUGACGAGGAGGAGGAGGAGGAGGGGGGGAGUGGUGAUGAGGAGAGGGGAAGGAGAGCUGUUAAACGGACAAAAUCUGAAGAGGAUACUGUGGUUGGUAACGGGAGGAAGCUGGUGAACCCGGCUAGCUUUCGUAAAGCUUCGCCCACUCGGAAGCCUGAGGAGGGCCAUUUUGUCCACGCAGAGAUGAUUGCAAAUAUGGGAAUUAGAGAAGGAGGGAAGGGUCCAUCGCGGAUUUUCCGGAAAACGGACCAGAAGCUAUUAUCUAGAGGUAUAUCAACUUCAGAUCUAGAUAGUAUAAAUCCGAGGCUGACGGCUUUUAGGUACGAACUUGUUCGCCUUGCGGAACCUGAUGAGUUUUCACCCGAUCUGGAUAUUCUUAGCACAGCGGAGCAUGUGGCGACUUACCUACUGACACCUCCGGAAUCUGACAAACUACUCACGGGCACUCUGUCGGGAAGCUCUGGCGGAAUAGUUUACAACAUGCGUAAGGCAAUUCGCAACGAAAAAGCCCAAGACUUUCUCGAGAACCUUAAUAAAUACAACAACCUAAUAGCGAAAUACCGUCGAGAUGGCACCAUAAAGGCCAAUAUCGCCAGGAUGAAGUCUCUCCCGUUCCCUCUUGUAGAGCAUAUUCUGUCACAAGCGUAUGCUCGGACUGUCGCGCCCGAAGUCGAGUCGCUAAAAGACUACGAAGCUUUCACUAGCAAUGUUUACGGCGAACUUCUGCCUAACUUCACCACCAAGCUGUUUAGGGAAUCGGGUCUCGGACUUGGCAAGGUGUUUGUCGACCUUGGUAGUGGGACAGGGAAUGUUGUACUACAUGCGGCACUUGAAACGGGAUGCGAAGCAUAUGGGUGCGAAAUCAUGAAGAAUGCAACGAGACUGGCCGAUAGGCAAAAGGUGGAAUUUGCGGCACGGUGUCGCAUGUGGGGGAUCAACCCGGGCAAAUUCAGACUGGAGAAGGGCGAUUUUUUGGAAAGCGCGCGGAUAGCUGAAGCACUCAAAAGAGCGGACGUAGUGCUGGUAAACAACUACGUAUUCGACUCUGAGCUCAACCAGCGGCUCUUGAACCUCUUCCUGGACCUCAAGGAAGGUGCUCGAAUCCUAUCGUUAAAGCCGUUCGUUCCAAUAAACCACGUUAUCACGACGCGCAAUGCGGAAAACCCGGUCAGUCGGCUAAGGGUGGAGGAGAAGGAGUACUUUUCGGGCUCGGUUAGUUGGACCGAUACCGGUGGAAAGUAUUACGUCCAGACGGUAGACGGGAGUAUGCUUCGGGAGUUUUUGGCCUCCGAUCGUUCUGAUCGCAGAAGGCGAUAG